AUGACGCUUAGCGUGUCGAAGAGGGAGAGGGAAGCUGCCGGGAUCUUGAAUUUCGAGUCCAUGUGUUGGUCCAUCGUGUUUCCUUGUAAAACGAACAUGACGGCCGAGAAAACGAUGCCCGUCGCCCAAACGGGGAGGAGGCGGAUAACUGACUUUAGCUCCUCGACUUGGGUUACCGUGCAGAGGCGCCACGGGUUGUCGUGGCCCGAUUUGAGGAUUAAUACACAAAGAAACCCAACCCGAAUUUCGAUUUUUCAAAUCGAACAUUCGACGAAAACUACAAAACACCAAAAGUACGUACCUGAACUUCUCCGUGUGCUCGAGCUUGCGGCUACCUUGAAUACUCGACGCGGCAUCGCUCGUCUCGUACAAAAGCGACCCGUCUUUCGGUACCUUCACGUUAAACUUCCUAAACGAAGCAACCAAGACUUGAAAAAUCCUCGUGAUCGGGCUGCCGCCGGGCCUUUGCAGUCGAUACAUUCCACUCCCGAACACAAAGAAGGCCACAGCCACGGCCAUGGCAGCUGCCGGAAUCCCGAAUCCCCAACCCCAACCGACAUUCAUCUGAACCCAAACAAGCACGGACGAGGCCACGAGGGCCCCAACGUUAAUCGAGAAGUAGAAAUAGUUGAAAAACGAGCUUUUUCGCUUCUUUUCCUUCGUGUCUUGCUCGUCAAACUGGUCGGCGCCAAAGGAGGAAACGCACGGCUUGAUGCCACCUGUCCCGAGCGCGAUUAG